UUUCUGAACGAAAAAACUUCAAAGCCCAAGAAGAGAAGAUACAGCAAGUGUUUGAGAACCUAACACAACUAGAACAUCCAAACAUCGUCAAGUUCCAUCGGUAUUGGACAGACACCCAUAACGAUAAGCCUAGGGUAAUAUUUAUCACGGAGUAUAUGUCCUCUGGUUCAUUAAAACAGUUCCUCAAGCGCACCAAGCGAAAUGUCAAAAAGCUGCCACUCCAAGCGUGGAAACGGUGGUGUUCACAAAUCCUGUCAGCACUCAGUGGCUCCUGAUACUAUACACCAUCAUGUCAAGACAUGCAGAGACAACAUGAAGAACAUGCACUUUAUUGCACCUGAGUAUGGAGCUACAGUCAGUCCAGCGAUUGACAUCUACUCCUUUGGAAUGUGUGCUCUGGAGAUGGCAGCUCUGGAGAUACAAGGGAACGGAGAUUCAGGAACUCUAGUCACAGAAGAUCACAUCAACAGGACGAUCGACAGUCUGGAUGACCCUCUACAGAAGGACUUCAUCCACAAGUGUUUAGCCCAGGACCCAUCACAGAGACCUCCGGCCAGAGACCUCCUCUUCCAUCCUAUCUUGUUUGAAGUCCACGCACUCAAACUGUUAGCCGCUCAUGCACUAGUUGGCAGUGCAAACACAUCAGAGUCAAUAACAGACGAGGUGGUCCAGAGGUUAUUUGGGCCCGACGUGGUAAUUGCGGAGAUCACCCAUCCUGACGGUCGGCCGGGUGUACACUUCAAGAUGGCUGAUAUUCCUGUCACAGAGAAACUGGAAAAGUUUGUGGAGGAUGUCAAGUAUGGCAUCUACCCACUGACAGCGUACCGAGCGAGGCAGCCACCACCGCCCAGACCUCGCGCAGUCUCCCCCGAGGUGGCGGAGAGUGUCAAGUCUGUGACUCCAGAGCCUGUGGACGUGGAGACACGACGAGUGGUCAACAUGAUGUGUAACGUCAAGCCUAAGGAGCAGAGCUGUGAACUCUUGAUGACAAUCCUGCUCAGGAUGGAUGACAAGAUGAACAGACAGCUGACCUGUCUUGUGUCUGAGAUGGACAAUGCUCUUCAUCUUGCACAAGAAUUGGUCUUCUAUGGCUUCAUCAACGAGGGAGACAAGGAGAAGAUAGCUGCCCUGAUAGAGGAGACGCUGUCUAGUGGGAGUGUUUUGCGCCAGACAAGUUUUGCACCGUCUGACUCAAGUCUCUUACUACCCACUGUAUCACAAGCUACCACAACGCUUAGUUAAUAUAAACUGCUUGGCUUUAGCCAUCAGCAUAACCUAUAAGGCUGGAUAUUCUUUUAUAAGUUUUACCAAAUAGGAAUAAGUGAACGAUUCGACCUAACUAUGAUGGAAAUUCCCCCAAAUUAUUAGCAACGGGCGAUUUCCUAGAGGUGUACAUUUCCUUGAACUAUCGAGCUUAUCCUAGUCGCUGUACACUUGUGUUUUAUCGACAUGUUUAAUUUAUUGUUUAUUGAGACAUGUGUGGUCAGGAACUUUCAAUACUGUGUUGAUAUUCUUUUAAGGUUUUUAUAAAUUUUUUGUACUCUUAGUAUUAAAAUCUCUGUGACAGGAUCAGUUGUAAAUUUUAUGUUUUUUGUGAUUUUCUCAAACUAACAGUAAAUACGUUUUUAUAAAUGUUUCAAAGCACAAACUAUCUGUUUUUGUAAAGUCUCACUUAAAAAUCUGUUAUUGUGUUUAAAAAUUUAAAAAAUUAUUUAAUAUAAAGUUCACUUAUAAGCAUUUUUAUUAACAAAUUAUUUUGUGGAACUGUAAUUGUAUGCUAAGUGGAGUGCUUCCGAGCCCUGAAAAAAUUUGGAGGGAAUCCGCCAAUAGAACCAAAUAAUAUUUUGUUAGUGCCUUGUGGUAUUGUCGUAGAGAUGUACAUUCUCAGUGUUUACCUGCUUAUUUGUAUUGUCAGCAUUUAUGGUGUUUUAUUGAUAGGUUAGCCCAUGUGAUAUCCUAGCUUCAGUGCCAUUCUGUUACAUUUCUUUCUCUAGCAAUACCCUACCUUUUUUGCCUUCUGUAUAUAUUUAUUACACUACACUUUCACAUUAGGUUCUUAAUCUUAUUUCACAAAGUCCAAAAGAAUAAUUUUUAGGUAAUUUUAAUGUAAAGUUUUAUAUUAUUGUUUUUAUAUAUAAGUAAUGUAAGAGAGCGGACAAUAUUAUCAUGAUGGCCGUUUGUCAUCAUUUUUCACUAGCUUAAUUUCACUCUACGUUGUUUCAGGUGAAUGCCUUUGGGUUGUAUAAAUAAUCAUUCCAACAAUGGCAUUAGAUUUAUAAUUGUAUAACUUGAAUCAAUUCAUUUUCUUCUUUUUGUAAUUUUUCUAGCUUUAUUGAUUAAAAUGAUGAAUGGUAAUAUAAAUAACUGUGAUUUAGCAAGACCAAUGAAAGAACUAUUUGAAUUAUUAACGGUCUUAAUUUAGCUGCUAGAUUUUUUCUUAUUUUUCUUAAUGGUUUUAACCAUGAUUUUUCUUUGAGCUGGGGCAUUCACCGUUUCUAAAGGCCAAUGUAUACUACUAUUGUUGCUAGAGUGUUCACAAAAGAGUGAAAUUUGACUGAUAAGUUAUGUUUGCUAGAAGGCUGUUAGAAUAGAAGAGAGUGACCAGCAGUAGUUACUCAUAUCACACAGAUUCAAAUUAUUGCUCAGUAUUUGUCGACUAGGGAAGAGAAGUCAUAAAGUAUUAAAUUGUAUAUUACGGGUUUGAUUAUUUUUGCAAACAAGCAAAUCUAUUCAGACAGUGAUGAUUAAAUUUUUCAUUAUUACAGAAUACUUUGUUUUUCUGCAUACUAAACCAUGAAAUAUGUUUGUAGCACAAAUGUUGUCAUUUAAAACUUGCACACGGUUUGCUCUAAUAUUCAUACCCUAUUUUUUACAUUGUAAACAAAAUUUGUGUCUAAAGAAAGUGGUGCUGCUUGGUUUUAUCAAUAUUUUCCUUUAGAUGUAGUUUGCUUGGACAUGUAUACUCAGCUAUUCAAUCAACCCUAGAUGAUAUUUUGUUACUCCACUAGGCAUGGCUGUGUGCAGUCUGUUUGACCCUUCUCUUCCCUAAAACAUUCUUUUGUAAACUGAACACUUAUAACUAACUGUGAAGUAUAAACUAUCACAAUUCA